AUGGCCCCUAAAAUAUCACCUGCCGACCACUCUCCCUUCGAAGGCGGUGACGAAGUCGAUCUAAUCUCCCAACAUGGUCACAACAACAAGACCCAACGUUCCAAAUUCAUGUCUGUAUGCUUGUCAGUGCGUGUGUUUCUAAUUGUAGUCAUCACUUCAGUGGUCUUACUCACUGCAAUUUCUAUUUGGCUCACGAGCUUUGUGGUCAAUGAAACCUAUGCCAUGAAAUCUGUCAAAGUCAUUAUUGACAACAUUAAUGACAAGGUCGUUUCGUUUUUAUCCAGCCAAUUACUACCAGCAAAACAAGUUGCUGAAGAAGUAGCCAAUAAUUAUCACUACUCUUAUAUUGAUGUCGUGGAUGGCAUUCGAUACUAUUUGUUUACCAAAAUGAAAACCUAUCAAAUCACACUAGUAAAUUUAGCUCUAGCAGAGAAUGGUCUCAAUCAGUUACAAGCAUUGACUUGGGGUCUAGAUCCCGCAACACAGUCCAUGGCACUUGUAUAUGCCAAAAAGAUGCCUGGUGAAAACUUCUUGACCUAUGUUCUCAAUACUGAUAAUGGAUUCAUUGAUCGACCAUAUUAUUUGAAUUUGACAAAAUAUCCAAUUGCUUAUGUAGAUUAUUAUAUCGAAUCCAAACAACUGUUUCAGAAAUAUCCAGAGGGUGCUUUUGGUUCCGUCUAUCAGGUUAUCAACUCAUCAUUGCAAACCUUUUGGACAACUCCAGUUUACAAUAGAACGGACUUGUCUAAAAAACAAAGACUUGGAAUUGCAAAAGUGAAUAUUGGUCUUGAUAUGAUUGCCAAGUUCCUUGCAUCUCUUAAAGUACUCGAUCGAGGUUAUAUUGUUCUCUCCGAAUAUGAAAGUGGUUAUGUCAUUGGAAGUUCUUUGGAAAUUGCUGAUUUGGAAUACAGAAGAGUGAAUGCUUCUGAUAUUUCGCCACGGAAUGCAGGGCUCAUCAUGAAACAAGUCAUUGAAAGUCGUCUAGAGAGUGUGCAAUUUUCAACCAUUGUGAAUGGUGUUGCCUAUUUGGUUUCGAGUAGUCCCUUUUCAUUGUAUAAUCUAAAAUGGCGUUUGACACUCGUGUUUGAGGAAAAUGAAAUUAAGGAAGGUGUCAUUACAAGCAGUUAUAUCAUGAUAGGUGUGACUUGUGCAGUUGCAUUAUUGGGAGUUACUAUAAGUGUAGUUGUGGGUUAUAUUGUGACAAAUCCAUUGUCCAAGUUGCAGCAAGACUUUAAGAAAAUUGAAAUUCUAGACCUGUCGAACAUCAAACCAAGAACUUCCAUCUUCUCUGAGGCUAAGAGUAUUUACUCGAGUUUGACAGACACUGUGGCAUGGUUGAGUGAAUUUAAGGCCUUCUUGCCAGACUCUGUACUGAACCAACUUCAUCGUGGAAUUGCAACAGAAGAGUUAAAAGAUGCACUGCCAAAUGUCACAAAUAACAAGACAAACGACGCCAAUCAAUCAGAGACUGCUUCCAUGUCUUCUCGUUCUCAGACAUGUGAAUCAAAAGUGAACGGAGAAAGUGCUCUUCACUUGAAUACAGGAGGUCAUCAUCCAUCCAACAGCAUGAAUUCUCACAACAUGUUUAAAUUAGGACUCUCCGAUAAACAUUGUUGUGUCUUGCAUAUUCAUGUUGCCAAUUUGGAAGACGAGUUCCAAGAUUCCGAAGAAUUAACAUCUACCAUUUCCAAACUCUUGACAGGUGUUUCAACUAUUUGCAAAACUGUAAGAGCAGAUUUACAAAUUAAGAGUUAUUGUGAAUAUAGUAUUAUCUUUGCAGAUAAGCCUAGUGGAGUCAUUCAAAUGGGAUUAGAUACAACUCUGAAAAUUUUAACAGCUCUUUCUCAUAUUAAUGCCAAUUUAGCAAAGAAUGGUCAUCAACCACUUCGAGUGGGAAUUGGAAUUGCAAGCGGUGUUUGUACUCAAGGCAAUGUAGGAAAUAGACAAAUGAGGUACUACACAUUCCUUGGCCCUGUUGUGAAAAGAGCAAAAGAUUUGUCUUUGAUUGCAUUGGAGCUUGGAAUUCCAACAGCAGUUGACAAGGAAUCCUAUGCUCCUGAAAAAGACCAUUUUGUAUUUCGACCUGUCGAAAGAUAUUUACAAGACAAAUCCAUUUCCACAGUAUAUGAGUUGAGGUCGCGUAAUCAAAUAGACAAUGAGGAAUGGCUGUAUGAGCUUCAACAAGCCAAUAACAACUCCAAAUAUUCAGAAUAUACCCAAUACUUUGAGAAAUUAUUUGAGGGUGAGAAUGAACAAGCAGAAAAUGGAAAGCACGUGAAGGAUUUCAUUGGACAGUUCUCAAUGAAAUUCCCAGAAGAUAAGGUCAUUCAACGUCUUGCUCAAACUCUUGACAAAAUAUCUCAACACAACAAGAUGCCACACAUUAAGGAUUACUAUUCGACUGUUUCCACCAAUGUACAAAGUUGUAUACAUGGCUACACGAUUCAAUAA